AUAUCAGACCCUGAGCGCAACUAUCAUUGCUUUUACCUUCUCUGUGCAGCUCCACCUCAGGAGAGAGAGAGGUAUAAGCUGGGAAAUCCGAAAUCAUUUCACUAUCUAAAUCAAUCAAAUUGUUAUGAGCUGGCUGGUGUGAAUGAUGCUCAUGAUUAUCUUGCCACAAAGAGAGCCAUGGAUAUUGUUGGAAUAGGUGAACAAGAGCAGGAUGCAAUUUUCCGAGUUGUGGCUGCAAUACUCCAUCUUGGUAAUGUUGACUUUGCAAAAGGAGAGGAGUCUGAUUCAUCAUUUAUAAAAGAUGAAGAAUCAAAAUUUCAUCUUCACAUGACAGCAGAGCUUCUCAUGUGUGAUCCCAAUGCAUUAGAAGAUGCUCUUUGCAAGCGCAUGAUGAUUACACGGGAGGAAAUCAUCAAGAGAAGUCUUGAUCCGCUUGGUGCAACUGUUAGCAGGGAUGGUUUAGCCAAGACAAUAUAUUCUCGUUUGUUUGACUG